AGCGAUACCAAGAAUAUGAAUAAAAAAAAGCCUUUCCUGUGUUUCAAAAAUGACCAUUGCCUGUUAAUCGGAAUGUGCACCCUGCGUGUCUGUCAACUUGUAAUUCUAUUGUUUGCACAUGUUGUCCAUGCUUGAUUGAGGCUUGUUCGGAAAAUGCUCGUGCCAACUAAUAUCGUGUAUGCCGUGGCUAAAAUACCCCAUGGCACUGUCACACGAGCCAUCACAGGGGUUUGUUCUUUUUACUGCAAAGGAUGUGUUUAUUUAUGUGGGGUCCUUAAGCUUCUUCUUUCAGCCAGAAGAUUCCGCAGGUUGAGAGAAAGGUCCUCAUACCUGCCUGCUACAUUGAAACAGUCGAGAACUCCUCAAAUUCUCUGAAUAUUUACAGCACGAGAUACUCUAUACAUAGAAUCAACUUGCCAUUGCUUGCUGUGCAUUGUCGCAU